AAUGCGGCAUACGUUUCUCAGCCGGUGUUUUCAUAUUACGUCCCUCCGCUCUUGUAUGGUGGUUUCCAUGCUUCAGAGACGACAAACGUAGCGUACAGGGGUGACAUGACUCUGACCAGAGGAUCUUUCACAUAUGCCAGUGGGGAAGAGUACCACGGCGAGUGGAAAGAAGGUCAGAGGCAUGGUGUUGGCCAGCUCAAGUUUCCGGAUGGAACUUGCUACUCUGGCCAGUUUGAGAAUGGACUCUUCCAUGGCUCCGGUUUACUGCUCUUUACGGAUGGAUCCAGGUACGAAGGAGAAUUUGCACAUGGAAAGUUUCAAGGCGUGGGAGUCUUCAGUCGAUACGAUGGCAUGAAGUUUGAAGGAGAAUUCAACGAUGGGCGUGUUGAGGGAUAUGGGCUAUUGACCUUCCCAGAUGGAGCUCACGGUGUCCCACGAAACGAGGGUUUGUUUCAAAGCCACAGGCUCCAGAAGAGAGAGAAGUGUCCAGGAGUGGUGCAGCGUGCGCAGGCUUCAGCCUCCAACGCUCGCAGUCUGGCACUUUAACUGUCUUGGGCCCUGGAGGAGACACGGUCAGGGUUCUAGCACCUUCCAGGAGGGCCUCAGGGAAGUGUUCUCGUAUACUCCUCUCCAGCUCUUCUCACUGUAUUUUUUCUCUUUUUCCACCAUUACUCUCUUUAUUUAAUUUUUCUGCAUCUUCCUUGCUUAGCCUUCACAGUGGCUUGGAAUGCACAUGCAAUUUGGCCAAACAAUGGCCUUCAAUAUCACUGACUUGAAAUGCACAACACAAGGAAGCACACCUUUAACUUCACAGGUCUUGUAAACAUCAAAUGCUGCUGGUUUUCCCUUGGUCUAAUUCUUGUACCUAUAAACAGUGUCUUAGUGUUUUUUUUACUUUUUUUUUUUUAGAAAGGUUAGCUUUCAUAUAUCAAACAACAGAAUAUGGGAGACCUCUUCUUACCAUGUUAUUGCACAUCUGGUACUUAAAGCGCUUUUUCUUCUCUUGCAUUAGGAGUAGGUGUGAAAUUAGUCCCUAUGUUGAAGACUUAGCCACUAAUUAGAUCAGUUCACCUUAAAAUAAAUGCUGUAAUUCAUUACAACAGAGUGGUACUUAAAGGUACCCUUUGGAGUUUUUGACUUCUGGUGCUGCAAGCUCGGAAACGCGGAUCUAGUUUAAAAAAAAAAAAGUACAUGUUUUAUGAGGAAGGAAACAUUCGACAUAUUAGUCAGCUCUUAAAGAUAAACAAUGCAAUGUUGUUUAUUUACAAAAACACUCUACAGGGACCUUUCAAAUUUUUGUCUCAGUUAACAGUGCUGCUGAAAAGUUUACCUCUGCAUGCAAUUUGUCACUAGUAUUUCUCAUCUGAGAAGAUCUGUAUUCAUGUCACGUUUGCCUUAAUGACAUUUUGGUAAAAGAGUGUAGUUUCAGGGUGUCCCUCUGAAAAUGAGAUGACACAGUCCCCUCCCCAUCCCUCCCCCUAUGCGUCAUAUGUAUGUUAUAAUGUGUCUGUCUAUCAUCUUAAUACAUUUGAGGGCUAUUUGAAAAUCGCCUUCACUCUAAGGGACACGUAACUAAGCUGGUGCUGAGUCUUAGCUCUCAUCACUCUCAAGUCCAGCAGCUCUGCUCCCUCUAAUAAACCUCCCUCUCUCAGUGGAAAUCAUGGUAGAGGAGAUUUAUCUCCGCUGGAUAAUUCACUUAUGUUUCCCCCGGAACAACCUGAAAGACUUAAAUGAGUCACCAGUGUGGACAUCCUUAAAGUUGUUAAACAAUCCUAAUUAGAUACAUUUGAUUAGGGACAUAGAUAUUAAUUGAGGAAGCUAAAUGAAUGAUUUAUUAGACAAGAUGUACAUUUAACAACAUGUAUUUAUGUGUGCUUUUCUGUGAGAUGUAUACAUAUUGUUGUCAUUGCUUGUGUUUGUUCUGACCUUUACAAAAGAUGGUGUUACUGAGGUAUGUAAAACGAUAGUUAGGUAUUUUGAGGAAUUUAUUAACCAUUAUAGAUCAAAGCUAGUCUGUGAUUACAAAUGAAUUCAGUGCACUUGAACAGUCAAUAGGCCUUACAGAGCAUUUGUAGACGUGGCUUGUCUAGGUUGGCUAAUGUAGAAAUGCAACCAAAGACAAUCAAAUGAUAUUACAGGUAAGAAAGCCCGGAACAUUCAACAGAAGUUGCAUGUGUCAUUUCUUACAGCUGGACAAUAAAGACAGAUCAAUAACGACAAAUCCACCUGGGGCUUUAGUGUGCAAGAAAAACAAAAGCACUGAAGAUUAAACAGGGAUUCUCUAGUCUGGAUUAUUGCAGUUACUGACUGAAUUUUAUAUUCCAUAAGGGAGAACAAAAAUCAAUACUCAAUGAACAUUAACGUAUACCGCUGCUUCCUUUAAAUAUCUCCUUGAAGGUAACAUUAGAACAGCAGACCAUUACAUGCAUCAGUACCACUAAGACACUUUAAUGUUGGCUGGAUGUACAAAGUGUAAUAACUUGUAUUUCAGAUCAUGUAAUUGUAUUUUUCCUUUCUGCUAUUUUGGAGACAACGCAUGCUCAAACCUUCUUCGCCUGCACAUGUUUGCCUGAGUGGAUUUGAAUUCACACAAAUUCCACAUCUAUUUCCAACUGGAAACAAAUGGUGCUUUAAAAGAAAAUGUGCCUGUCCAGACUUUCACCUGCCCUGGAAAAUAUCAUUGCCGUUGUUACCUUUUUUUUUUGUAACAAUAUAAUGCUCUUAGAUAAAGUGCUCUUAGAUAAGACUACUGCACAGUAUCCCCUCAUUAUCCUGAAAUAGGUCUGAGUAUGUUUUGCUUAGAUGGGGAUCUGUUUAAUAAAGCCUUGUGUUGAGAAAAAA